AUGUACAACAACCAGACUGUUAGUACUUUUGUCAUAUUAGGAUUCCAUAACAUAAUUCAGUACCAAAAGUUCACUUUUAUUUUAUUUCUUUUACUCUAUAUUUUUAUCAUAGCUGGUAAUACAAUUAUAAUACUUGUCAUCUAUUUUGAUUCACAUCUUCAUAUACCUAUGUAUAUUUUUAUAAGCAUAUUGUCUGUGGUUGAGAUAAGUAUUGUCACAACAGUAUAUCCAACACUCUUUGCUCUAUUCCUAAAUGGAAAGGUAUAUAUUUCUUUUAAUUGCUGUUUUUUGCAAAUGUAUGCUUUUGAUGCAUUCUUAGUUACAGAAAAUUUCCUUCUAACUGUUAUGUCUUAUGAUCGAUAUGUAGCUAUUUGCUUUGCUCUCCGAUAUCACACAAUUAUGACUUCGAAGACUAGUAAGAUAUUAAUAUGUCUGUGCUGGCUCCUUGGUUUCUUGAGUCCUCUAGCCAUGAUCAUUAUGGUUUAUAGGUUACCUUUUUGUGGUCCAAAUGAAAUUGACCAUAUAUUCUGUGACUCUUCUCCUCUGUUGACACUAGCUUGUACUAAUAGUAACCUUGAUGUUACAAUGGACUUAAGUGUUAGUUCUUUCACAAUCAUCUUAAACUCUCUCUUCAUCGGAAUUAUAUACAUUAAUAUAUUGAGUACAAUACUGAAAAUGAGAUCAUCAGAGGAACGGAAAAAAGCUUUCUCCAUCUGCAUGUCUCACCUCAUUAUGGCACUGGUUUUCUAUGGAAGUGUUGCUUUCAUGUACAUACAACUUCAAGCAAGUUACUCUCCGGAGUAUGAUUUAGCCACAGCUAUCCACCAAUCUAUUCUGACCCCACUUUUGAGUCCUCUUAUCUACAGCUUUCGUAACAAGGAGAUUAAAAACUUCAUUAAAAAACAGUUUUCUUCCAAAACAAUUAUUAGGAAAACCAAUUAUGCUCAAAGGUUGGGCAGAAAUAUCUAG